GGAAGUUGUUCGGUUCUCGAUGCAGUUCCUUUUCCGAACUGGCGAACAAGUACUUAUUAAAUUCUGUAGACUCGACGGCAAAAGGUCACAAAUCAACCUGUGAACAUAUCUUUUUACGAUGCGACUUGAUUCCUUUUUAUAAAACACUGCGACCACCGUACCUUAGUAUCCAAGAAGCAGCGAAAUCAUGGGCUUGAAACCUCUGGAAUUUUCGGAAGCGCUGCUGGACAGUCCGUACUUUCGCGAGAACAUACAUGAACAUGAACGAGAAUUGGAUCGGGCGAACGAUGCUAUAAAAUCGCUCAUUAGAGAAUGCAAAUCGUUGAUAAAAGCUACAGAACGUAAGUGAAAUAUUCUUCUGUUUCGUGUUCAAUGCUUUCGCUUAUCGGCUGUGACAUAUUCGCGGUGAUCGCCCGCAUAAACAGCUGGGAAAUUAUGCCUGAUACUUGAUGACUUGAUGACCCAAUCUCAUGCUGUUUGAGUUUGUACACAGUCAAUUUUCUCUCGAAUUUUCUACUAGUAGGAAGUAGACAAUUUUCAAUAGUCACAGACUUCUUGAAGCGUUUGUCUGCUGUUGAAGGCCUUUAGUUAUUUAAUUCAUGGGAAAACUUGUAUCGUUUGGGCUUUUUGACGAAGUAUUGAACGUAUAUCAAAAUGCACUGUAUUAUUAACGAAGUUAUUUCGAAAUAUAAUACGUAUUUAACGCAUGUUUAACAUAUAAUUUUGCUGAAUAUGUCAGUUUCGUCAAAAUUUCCAGUUGAAUGCAUAAAUUCUUGCCAUUUCUGGACAUGAUGCAUAAUAGUUCAGGAUUUGUUUGGGAUUCUAUUUCCUGUUUUAUGACAAUGAUAUGUGUAAAUUCUGCAUGAAUUCUUAAUGAGAGGCAUUUUGAAUAUUUAAUUCGAUGAUCCAUCCAGUGCUCUCCCCUUGACAAGUAAAAUUGUCUGGCAUUAAACAGAGUAAAAUAAUCAAGUCAGGCGCAUUAGGGCGUGAUUCAAAUUGAUCGUUACCUACAGUAGACACAUUGGUGGAUAAUCUGGGUAGCCUAUUGAACACCAGCGCUCUCCCAUUGACACAUGAAAAUGUGAAAUCUUCUAGUAUUAGACAGAUUAAAGUAGGGCCACUGAGAUGCAAUGCAACUUAAUGGGUUAAUAGUGAUUAUGAUAUUUGAUUUCAUGGUAAUUUCACACAGCAGUGGAUCCAAACUGGUGCAAUUGAUGCAUAUGCACCGUUUAAGAUUUCAAUUUUCGAUAUUGGAAAUCAUAGGCUUCAGGGCUCGAAUUUUAUUGUGGCAAUCGCAGCAAUUGCCGUAGAGGGAGAACAAACUGCUGUGGAUCAUUGCGGCAACGACGGCAAUUUUUUGCCGUACCAUAUAGUGCAAUUUUUAUACUAUUCACUGUGCAUUACUACUUUGAUACUUUAAUUCAGAUCUUGACCAAAUCAUGCGUAAAUCACUAUUUUAGUCUCAGUUUUCUUCGAAAAAAACCCCACUAAAGAAAUACGUAGACAAAUCCAAAGUAAUAAUAAAAUGAAAGUUUUAUUACUGUAAUUUGAAAAAUGCCAUGGAAACUGCCAAAAUUGCCGUAGACAGCUGUUAUGUUCUACAGCAAUUUUUAACGCCAUUGUCGUCGAUUGAUUUCAGGGAAAUUCGAGGCCUGAUUGGCUUAGUAUCCCCACAGGAUGCUAUAAAAAUUUUGAAUUUCCAAUCCAAACUCUGAAGUCUGUUCAUUGUCGCAAAAUGUUGGACAAGCUAGCUUGUAUUGGCACUUUGGUUCUUAUUCCGUGUAUUUUUGGUCACAAGGUUUUGGCCCAGUGCUCAACUAUUAUAGGUUUGUCCUUUGGUUUCUCUAAUACAAGUUAGCUGUGAUAAACUAGGGCCACUACAAACAGCUGAAACAUUACAGCAGACAAUUUACCUUGUUUGGAUGCUGCUAGUCUUCUGGAAUACCUACUAUGCAAAUUUAAGGUGCUAGUAUCCACUUGGAUACUAGUUAGUAAGAAAUUCAAAUCUUGAACCCUGGAAAAUGUUUUUGUUCUCUCUAGGAACCUGGGUUUAGGGUUCCAAAUUUUCUGCAAACGAUUACAAUAUAUAUACAGUAUAGCUAGGGAAAAAUAAUAAAAUUGUUGUUUGUGACUGUCUUUCCUACCUUACAUGUGAUGCAAUACUAAUACUUCAAUAAAUCCUGAAUUAAUCAUACAGUUAUGUAGUAGUUACAGUCUUACAGCAUUAAAAACAAAUUCCUAUAUGCCUGGAUAUUUUCGUUCUGAACUGUUCCGCUGUAAUUUAGGUAUCGAGUUAGUAGAUUAGUGAGGUAUUCAAUCACAGCCCUCGAAAACCGUCAAAAUUGAGGUCAGCAAAAAAAUGCAGACCUAAAUCUGACCUAGGUUGGCACGUCUCGGCAUUUUCUAAAAUCUGUCCCAUGUUUUGGAGCACUAGUAAUCACGCAUUUACGAAUCAUUGAAAUUGGAAUAUAACUGGAACGUUACCUCCAGCCGGAAAAUUCAAAAGCCAAAUUUUAUUGACGCGCGAAAUUUAAUCUUCAGACACCUAAAUUAUAUAUAUACAAUACCCGUCAAUUUUUAAACCAUACACCAAAGUGUGUUCAGUUAAUCGAACUACGAAUCAAAUUCUAUAAUCGCUGACUUUUUAACAGCUAUCAGCACAAAAAAUUCUUACUUUGGCUGAAUUAAGAUCGGCAACAAUUUGCCGACAUGGGAGGUUGAUAGGUUGCAUUUAGGUCGGCAUUGCCGAAUGCCGACCUCGUUUUUGAGGGCUGCAAUCAUAUGUAUUUAAUAAUUUUGGUAUUCAAUUGGUGUGAUUUUCAGAACUGGCCAUCAAACGUCCAUGAAAAGUUAUGCAAAAUUGCAGAAUUGCAUUCCUCUGCUCUGUUAUUACCAUAUUUCUCUAAUUAGCCCCCAGCCUCAUUUUAGCCUCCCCUUCUACUGUACCAGUAAUUAAUGUCCCCCCCCCCAUAUAAAAGGUAUACCCUGUUCUUUGCCACCUUAAGUAAAGAAAGUCUCAAUAAAAGUUAUGUUUUUGAACUUACUUGUUUAGUUUUGUGUGUGUGUGUGUGUAAAAAUUGUGAUUUCAAGUCAGGGAUUAGAAAAAUACAUGUACUAGAUACGUUUGGAGAGUUUUUACUCAAAAUUCAAGAUGGGGGAUCACUUGAAUCAGAAAUGUUCCAAAAUGAUCAAAUUCUUGCCACAAUGUUCUGAUUAGUCACAAAAGUGGAAUGGCGUAAAGCUCCAAUAGUUAAUGUAAUUAUUUCAUGUGUGCAAUCGUAUCGUCAGGGUACUGAAUGGCUAGAAUGUAGUGCAGUAAAGUAAAUAUUUUUAUAAUAACGAAGGUGUGCCCCCAAGCCACUGUUACUAAGUUAUGCUGUCAAUUUUUAUUUUAUAUAGUAAAGCUAUAUUGCAAUCUUUCAAUAAACUUGCCACACGAUUUGAUGCAAACACUGUCUUUUCUUGGCUUCCUGGGUUGUAAGCCAACGGUCAGAAAAGUUUGAUUUUGUUCUCUGAUGUGCGAAUCUGUCUAUACGUUCUAUCACAUGCACGUGUGAAAACUGACAAACGUUUGUUGCAUCACAUCAGUCAGUUCCUCCCAAUUUUCAAACCUUUGGGCAGUUCAUUUCUGGAUGACUAAUGCAAAGUUCCGAAACAACUACCAACUACUCAGAAUAGGCCUCAGAACUUUCAAGUUUUUUUACGCAUCAUAGAAUACAGUACUUCUUCUGAACAAAUUGUUGUAAGCGUCAAAAAGUGUUAUCUACAAGCUGUUGUGCACGCCCAACACUGAAAAUACCAAACAUAUACAUUUUACUAUUCUCGGUGUGUCGAUGUACUUCAGGCCCGUAACUAGCGAUGAGUCAAAAAAAAAUUCAAAGCAGGAAGACUUCAAGUUUAGAGAAAACAGAUCCUGAUUGAAAUUUAUUCAAUUUCUGAUGAAGGUUAGAAGUACGAAUUAGCGUCCCAAAUAUUACCACAAACACGUUUUUUAUUAUUGAUCAUGUUGGACCUAGUACAAUUGUGAGACACACUAUGAAAUUAUAGUCAUUGUGUCACUGUUUAUGAGAUCGAUUUUUUCUUAAAACUGCUCCCAGAAUGCAGGAAGACCGUGAAAUUACAGUCAUUGUGUCAUUGUUUAUCAUCACUGAUUUUUUGUUAAAAUUGCUCCUAGAAUGCAGGAAAUAGCGUUUCUAAGCCUUAGAAAAUUAAACAUUUUCUGGGGGAGCAUACCCCGACGACUCGACUCGGUAAAUCUAAAAUCCUAGUUACGGUGCUGUAGGGAAACCAAAUAUCGAAUAACCGAUAAUUUAAUCGGAACCCAAGUCGUAUAUGAGCUGCAUGAUAGCCGAUAAGGUGCGUGUUUUAUUAUAUAGACAACUAAUGAAUUCACAGACUCGUCUGUAUGCUAAGAUUUGUUUUCCAAAUACUUAUUGAGUACAUUGCAUACAUAAUUAAUAAUAGAUAGCUUAAGAUCUACGACGUCGACGUUAGCUAGGACGUCAGGGCUAAGCAGAGGACUGGGACUACAUUAGGACGACAUCCUAGUCCCAGUCCUCUGCAUAGCCCUGACGUCCUAGCUGACGUCGACGUCGUAGAUCUUAAGCUAUCUAAUAUUAGCUAUUAGCUUAAGUUUUUGGUUUACGAAACACAAACAGUGCUCAAUACCAUAUAAAUAGAGCGUAAUAUAGUUUUUCGUUUUAUCUCAAAAAACCACAACAGUCUGUUUCAUCCGUAUAGGAAUCAUCAGGUGGACCACCUGUAAUUAAUAAUAUUAUAUAUAAUUAUAUAUCAUUAAUAUAUUAUUGACUCAAGUGGAAUAUGAAGCACAAACGGGACGCAAAGUCCCAUGCAAGGUGCAACCCUGAAGCAUGCAGCGAAAUACGCAUAAAUACACAUGCAUGCACAUACAUAUAAUACAUAAAGGGCUGGGGCGGUUCUUGAAAAAAACCGAAACCAAAAACCGUCAAGAAAACCCCCGGAAAGACCAGUUUUUAAUCUAUAUAUAACACAGACAUCAAAUAGUGCAGCAUGCACGUGUUUUUAUUAUGUGAAGAAUGUUAGUUUUAGAUGGUUAAUAUCAAAAGCUUAUAAAAAUACAAGUAAGAAGACAAUUUUAAAAGAACGUAUUUACAAGUUUUCAAGCUAUGCACGUCAAGAUCGAUAUGACCAUACAGCGCCUUAACAAAGAACGCUAAAUCAUUUAUCUUUCUCAUAGCACAGGGCUGGUAAACAAAGUGUUAUCAGCCGUUGUUUAUAUAGGUUAUGUUUCCGCGCUUAGCUUGCAGUAUUCAAGAUGUAGCUCUCCUUUAUGCACUUUCCACUCUGGAUCUCAUUUUGAUGGUGGGUGGAGACCAGACUUCGGUGGCGUAACUUAGCUGAGCCUUCACGAGCGAGGGCUAAGUACAGCGUCCGCCUCACCGCUGUAGUUAGCAGAGGGCAAGUUCUUUUGAGCAUCCCAAGCGUCUUGUUACCCUUGGCGGUGAUGGUACAGUAUAAACAUGAUCAACCCAUGGCAGGUUGUAAAUUAAUUUAAUAUGAGGUUAGUUUAGGACACCAGUUAGUUUAGCAAUCCACGCAACUUUCCCUAAACCUGAUAAACCACUGCUGAUAUUUUUUAAAUAAUACUUCAAACAUUGCUGAAAACGUGCAAUUUCUAUAUAAUAUUUAAUGCUUUUUGGAAAAACAAGAGCUUGCUGAUUUCACAUCUAUAAGUUGGUCUUGUUUUUAGUUCAGUUUCUUCCAGUUCCUUCGCUCUUUUGGCAUUAUUUUUUUUAAAAAUACAUUUUUUAUCUACUUUAAGUAUUAAAAAUGUAUUUGCUAAUCUGUAAACAAUUGCUGGAAGUAUUCUCAUUAUGUUUGUAUUUCUCUUUAAUAAAUGCUAUUUAAUGUGAAAAACCAGCUGUUUUCUCGUUCGGAAAACGGCGGUAAUUUUUGAGCCACCAUCUUGUUUUUUCUCCUGGCAGGGUAUGAGCUAAUAUCCUGCUAGUAGAGAGCCUAUCAAAUUGCAGAUUAGCUCAUAUCUGCUACUUAUCUAUGUUGAUUUAUAAUAAUUAUCGAUAUACCGCAACAGCCUACCUUUAAUAAGUCCCCAGUCCACAAGAACUGGGAAAAAUAAGCUUGCAGGAGACUAAACAGAGGAAAUAUGCUAAGGAGUUUCCUUUUGUCAUGACGUGUCAUUACUGACUGAAGAAUUGAUACAAAAACGGGGAUCUAUAGGAGUACCCGUAUGUGUGAUAAGUGGUACAGGUACAUGUAGAUUUCAAGAUUGAUACAGGAAAGCUUAUUUUCUAAUGACUGCUGGUGGUUGACAUAAUUAUCUACUGUAUAAUUUUAUGCAAUCUGUUUUUAACAGAAUUAUCAAAAGCACAGAGAAGUUUUGCCAAUGUGCUGAAAGAGUUCAGAUUGGAAUGCAUUGGGGAGAUUGAUACAGAUGAUGAGAUGGAAAUUGGUAAGUGUAAAAUGAUGUACAGCAAAAUUCCAUAAUUAGUAACAAACAUCUCUAUUUCAGUUCUGAUUUCAUCUGGAGGCUCCAGAUUUCUAGACCUCCCGAUCUCCUGACUUGAAAUAUAACCCUUCCGAUUUUUCAGAAAGAUUGGGUUAUCUUUAAGAAAACGAAAAUUUUUAUAUUAAAAAUGGAUGUGCGUCACCAUUACAAGCAGUCAAGCACUAUCAAUGAAGAAAAUAAGUGAAGUAAUCGCCCUUUUAAAAAAUUAACAAAACUGUAUGACUAAGAACAUUUUGAUUAACUGAUGUCUUGCUUUGCUGAACACAUUCUUGAGGCGAAAUAGAAAACGUUUGAAAAAAAUUAACAAUGAAUUUGCAAACCUCCUGAUUUCUGGCUACCAAAGGUUGGAAUGUCUGUAUGUAAUAAAUGUAAUAAUGAUCUACUACAGUAUACAACCUGAAAUUUCAAAACAGUCAAAAGGCAUCCAGAAAGAUUCUAAUGAAAGCGAAAUUUGAAAAUUGGUCUGACAUAGGCCACCGUGUGGAAAUUUCCUCAAGCAGUAAUGAAAACAAAGUGAAAUUCAUAUUCAUGGUGUAUAAUAUUCUUCUCUGCAUUACUUUCCACCAGUUGCAGUACCUGCACAUGGUAUGAAAUAUAGAAAUGAAAGCACUUAGAUUAAAGACUUUUAAAAUUUUUAUUUGCAGCUAGUGCGUUUGAGACCUUUAGCCAAAUGUUUAAUCUCAUUGAUGAUGAAAGGACGCGAGUGGUAUGUUAUACAGAAAAAUGUUAUACAUUAAGAUGUUUUCAUACAGCGAACGAACGAGUGACUGUUGUGAAAACAAAUGAACAUGCAGUAAUAUGCAAAAAUAGUGCAAUACGAAAGCACUUCCCAUGAACAAAUUUAUUUAUAUGAUACAAACCGAUAUUUUGCUCCCGUUGGAACAUGUAUUAGUCAUCAUCCGGAGGCUUUAAAUUUGCCUUUGGAAAGAUAGUUAUACAUACAGUAUAGUGAACAUAUGAGAUCAUUUAUAAACGAGUGAUUCAUGCCACUGUAUGACGAUUUCAGUAAAAUAAUGUUUCGUUCAUACAGUCUUGUGUAUAAAAUAUGCAGUUCAUUGGAACAAUUGAAAUAGAGCAUGCGGAAUAAACUUGUGUUCAGCAGGGGUGGAUCUAGUCUCAUCUGCAAGGAGGGUUGCAGGUUUUCCAUGGGAUGGUGCAUGAGGGAGCCUUGCCCACUCUCCUCUGCAGUCUGCAACCCAACAUUAUACCAUUAUUUGAGACGGCCAAAUCUGCAUGUUCAUCAUUCUGUUAUGUUUUACAUUAUCUUUUGUUUAUAAAGUUUUUGUCGGCCUUCUAUCACAAUACAGUAAAUUUGCUUGUUCAAGUAUAUUUGAAAAUAUGGCUGUAUAACAACCUCAACAGAUUUACAUAAUUAACCAUGAUAUUUAACGUAAAGUAUUUUCUCAUGAGCUCACAAAUCAAUUCAGGGUCUGAAAUUUUUUCAGUACCCAUGCAUAUUGGGAUACCAGUAUUCAAAGUUCUAGUAUCUCAUCUGAGAAUCCAGUAUCCAACUUCUGGAUACUGGUUACCAUAAAUUUUGGCAUCCCUGAACCAUCAAAGGAAGUAUACAGUACAUGUCUCUCAUUGUUAGAAAUUACGAUAACAACAAGUCUCCACUCAACAGUCGACGACUGACCACCAAGUUGGAAAUCAAAGGCUGGUUAUUUUCAAGAAGUCACGCUGACUCAUAGUAUUCAAAGUUAUUACUUAUUGGCAGACCACCGGAGACAUUUAGCAUUAUCCUAAUGUUUGAAAUUUUGUAAUACCCAGUUGAGAACAAGUCAUUCACAGUUUGGUAUCCAAAAUCAAAUUUUAGUAUCCUUUGGAUAUUGGGAUACUGAAAAUUUCAGACCUACUGUAAAUUGUCAUUGUUGUAAAUUGAAAAUUUCAGACCUACUGCAAUAUUCGAAAAGCAGAAAAUGUAUGGUCAAGCAGAUUUUUUUAGAGUGAUUCUGGACGUUUCUAGGGGGAUGCUAGACACCACUAGCAUGGGCGUACCGGAAGGAAAAAAUUAGGAGGGCGGAAAGAAAUUUGCCCGACUUCCCGUCGCCAAGAAACUUGCCCGUCGCCAAAAAAAUUUCGGUACGCCUAUGACCACUACGUAGGGUGCGCGCGCCCUGCACCCCCACGGUAGAUCCGCCCCUGGUGUUCUGCUUCCGGUGAAACAAACAAAGGGAAUGGGAAAUGCCGGCCGUGGGCAAAUUGAUUUGAUAUCAUCGCACACAUGUACAGCGUCACUCUCAGUGUCAGUUUCGUGUUCCUGAAUGCCUUGCAGUAUCAGUUUCAGUUUUAUGCACUUUGAAAUGAGUUUUUGCGUAACUUGAAUCAUUUGUAAAUUAAUUCUGUUUCUACUUGUUUGUGUGAUGGAUGUGAAGCUAUUGUUGAGGACACAACAGUUAGCUACUGUUACAUACUCUGAAUAGUAAAGUAACAACAUGUCUUUCAACAUGUUAGGUAGAAAAUGCUACAAGUCAACUGAUUGAUCCAUUAGAAAAGUUCAGAAAAGAUCAAAUUGGUGAAGCCAAGGUAUGUGUACAAAAUCUCCGACAAAAUCUACUGUAUAGCUAUAACUACUGUAUAUGAGAUAAUGAAGUACAGCGUACAAUUUACUGAUUUUAACCAUCCAAAUAGAGAUCAGUAUGAUAAUCAGGUUACCAAAAGCCUUCUGAAGGAGGGCGGUUCUUUCAAUUGUUUGAAUUCAGAGAGAGGGAUCAUGUUUGUGCCUCGUUGACUGGGGAAUGACAUUCUUUAUUACUUAAUUUAAUUGAGAUAUAAUGUACUCACUUAAAGCACCAUUUGUUGUUAUUACUGUAUGUUGAUAAAUCAUAUAGACCAUUGCUGAAUUACUAUAUGGUGCCAUGUACAUACGGUACAUAUAUGUCACUUUCUGCUUAACCUAUUAAGCGUCAGCGUUCAGUCCUUGACGAGUGUUGUCUGCAUGGUGUUAGACAGAGUAGAAUUGAUAAAGUAUAGGGUAGGGGUGCACCGGAACUCGGUUCCGGCCGGUUAGUUCCGGCCGGAACCCCGAUUUUUUAGAGUUCCGGUUCCGGCCGGAACUAGUAAAAAAAAGCAUGGCCGGAACCGGAACUCUGUCGUUUUUAGGGAGAUAGAAUAUCAAACGUUUUUGUGUCUAACAAAAGGUCACAGUAGGAAGAAAGUUGGACUACGCAAGGGAAAUGUACACUAUUAACACUUCAUUAUGACGUUUAAUCAACGUUUGUCAGUCUUUUUAUUCUGACAUUUGCGAACUCUCUACUUGAUGAUUUGAAGUGUCUGCUUGUCUGGCAGCGGACAAAGUAACAUAUGACUAUAUAUGGCUUAAUAAAUUAGUUCCGGUUCCGGCCGGAACUUUCUUCCAGUUCCGGUCGGAUCCGGUUCCGGCCGGAACUUAAAAAACCGGUUCCGGUGCAUCCCUAGUAUAGGGCACCUCAAUUGAUGUGCAAUGCAGUAACAAUUAAUUAAUGCAAGUAGACAUGUUGGGCAUCUGAUUAACCCGCCAGCCUUCUCCCCUUGACUAGUAAAAUCAUCUGGCGUUAGAUAGAGUAUAAUGAUAAAGUAGGAUGCAUUGGAGUGCAAUGGGUUAACAGUCAACCGUCAAAUUGUGGAAUACAAAAUUUGAGGUUUGAAACUGGCCUGACAGGAAUGUCCAUUAGCCUGUAUUGUAUUUGUGAAAAAUGAAGCCCAGAUCCCAAAUCAAUUAAGAGACAGGAAUUCUGGUCUGACCGUGUUAAUGGAAAGUGCACAGACAGCGGAAAUUUAAAUAAUGUGCAGGACUAAAUAGAAAUGAAAAUAAAUGAAAGAAUGGGUAUGCGAGUAUAAUAUUGUAAAUUGUAUUCUCAGAUGUAAUUCUGCAAGUGGUUAUAUAGUGGUGUGUCCACUCUACAUGUAUAUCGGAGGCAGAUACUUGCACUUGCUCUAUUGGGGCAGACACUUGCUCCGUCACUGUUCUUUAUUAUGUUUUGAAAUGUUUUAGGAAGAAAAACGGAAAUUUGAUAGACAAACAGAGAAAUACGUUAAUUGUUUAAAUAACUUCCUUGCUACUUCAGCAAAGAAGAGUACUAAUAAUACGUUGGAGGUAUGUGAUAUUUGUAAAUCAGAGUGGUGGCAGACUGGCAGUUAUUGAAGGAAUUUGAGUAAAAAUAUUGGGACCUUCUUCUUAAUUUACUGUCCGUUGUAACUUUUAGGGAAUGUCUAUUAGUAAGAGGUGCUCAGUAUAAAUCAAAGCAUACCUAUACGUACAAAAGAAUUAUAUUUUUCUUUAGCAAAUACUCGGGAGGUGAAUAGUGGUUUUCCCGCUAUUUGAUUGGUUGCUCCGUUCCGGAUAUCCUUGCACUAUUCACCUCCGGACAAAAACAAAAUGGCUUCCCGCUUCGUUCCGGUUAUAGACAAGCAAAUUUUUUUACUAAACGAAGCUUCGGUUUUCCCAAACACGAAGAAAGCCACAAAGUUUUGUUUUACAGUGCGUAGAGGUAUUCUUUGAAACUAUUUCUAUAGUAAAUAAAAUUGCUAAAAAAAUACUGUUUUGUUUACAACUAUCACGGGAGCUGAAAUGCAAAUUGUUUUAAAAAUAGUUUUGGUCAUUUUUGUUUUGGUGUGGUAUAUGCUAGAACAAUUAUUCACCUCAGUGUCGGUGAAUAGUGGAAGGACAUCGCGUUUCGGUGAAUAUCCUUCUUGCACUAUCCACAUCUAUACUUCGGUGAAUAAUUGUUAGUUUAUUAUUCAUCGUGGUUAUUUUUCUUUAUUAAUUGGGGACUGUUUAUUGAGAAAAUGAAAUGGAAAAAUAUGAUGCUUUUCUCAACCGUCUUCAAAAACUAUAUGUACAGUACAUGAAAAUUUGUGCAAGAAGUAACAUUUAAUGAUGUUAGAUUUGUGGGAUUGCUCUCUAUAUGGUGACUGCAUUCCAUUACUCAUUGUACAACGAUCGAAGUGGUUAAUAUCUAAUUUCUCACCUAUUCUUUUUCAGGAAUCAUUGGUCACAGAAAGAGAUAACUUUUAUGAAACGGCUCUUAGUUAUGUAUUUAAACUGCAAGAAGUGAAUGAGAAAAAGAAAUUCGAGUUUGUAGAAACGGUACGUUUUAUAUUGUAGAAGGGUUCAAACAUUGCUACUGUUGUUAUUUUGGCAGCACUGUAAAUUAUUAGUGACAGUAUAACAUGUGCUGUAUAAAAAAUCGGAUUUCGACACGGUUGCGGGGAGUGCGAAUUGGUUUUUCUCAACAAAGUGUGCAAAGAGCAUUUUAUAUCGAGAAAUGAAAAAAGUUUUGUAAAAGUGAAAACCCAUCCCAGUGGGUUUUUUGACGAAAAACAAUAAUCCUGAACAGGAUAUAUGCAGAAAUCAUCGUUUAAAAAUACAGUUUCAAAGUUGUUGUGAAAACCCAAAUGCAAGUCGAAACACAAAAGGUCAAGAUAAACUCUACUAUUUAUAUGAUUCUCUCCCAAUUAACCAGUAUGGUUUAGUUUCCCAUCCGUGACUAAUUGAACAAUCAGUUUCUUUAAAAAUUGCAAUAGGUUGAUAUACACACAUGACGAACAAUUUUUACAUAAACUUGGGCUAACACAGAUCAUGAGUUCCAUAGAGUCUAUAGUUAUCUUGUUGUAUUUGUAAAUUUAUAUAUUACGCAAUUUAGUGUGUAAUUCAGUGGGCCAUCAUCUAAUAAAAAAUUUAAGUGCCUCUAUUCCGCAAAUUUUUUUAUUGUCGCAUUGAAAAGCACAUUUUAUACUGCUACUGUAUGCACGACUUGCAAGUAUGACGUAUCAUCAAAAAUAAUCCGCCAUUUUGGAUGGCAAAAAUCUUUUAUUCAACCGGCUACUACACAGCUGUGGACCAUUAUAAUUCUUCAAAGUGCUCAAACAAAAGCAACAGACGCAGUCAGUGGCACAGUCUCGCUUUGGCGCCAUGUUCUGAUAACUAUUUUUAAUUUGCCACCAAAAAUGGCAGAAGUCAACAAAUACAUGUUGUGACGUCACUUGCAAGAGUCCAAUAGAGUAACUCGUUUGAGCAACUCCUUUAUCUCGUUUCCGAGUUAGUUUAGGUGUUUGAUAUGCAAAUUACCCCACGUUAUGUCACACGUGCAUUAUUAUUUAAAAUAAAAGCUUUGUAUCUUAGUCAUUAUCGAAUGAAAACGCUUUGUAAAUAAGGAAGUGUGUCACCAAACGUGAACAGGUGUUAGCAUUUUAUUGAACAUAUUUUACUUUCACUUUCGUCGAAAGUCAGUGUACUACUUCGAAAGGUAAUUUACAUAUGAAACGUACUGAGAAAACAAAAUUCUGGAAAAGGAGUUACGCUUUCCAAUGAGACAAUGAAUAAAAAAAUGACGUUAUGGGGAUAAAAAGCAUUGGAGAAUGUAAUUUUCAGAUUGCUAGAGUUUUGUCUCCGCGGCACUGUUUUUUUCUGUGAAUCAUCAGAUCGCACAAUCAUCAAAUCCAUUAAUCCAUUUUCAAUUGCAUUUACACUUAUUGUGUUUCAUUGUUCUAUUUUAGCUUCUUGGCUUUGUAUAUGGCCAAAUGACGUUUUUUCACAGCGGUAGGUUUUGUAGAAUAUUAGAUUGUCACUAUAUUAUUAGAUGUCGGCAGAUAACAUGCAUUCUUGGCACGUAUCAAUCUAAAAUUGUUGUGACAUUUUAAUCAUAUUGGAAAAUGCAACAUACAGCAUGUGACGCAUGCACGUCCGUUUCCCUUUAAAGUGUGCUAGCAGCUGUAUUAAUUAAGAGGAGAAUCUUUUCAUUUGUAUGUUACGAAACACGCGCUCAAAACUAACGAAUAUACUUUUCACUUCGUUAUGACCAUAGUUAAUUUUUAUCAUUUUUUAUACGCUGCUCAAGCGGCAAACAAACAUAAAAAGUAUAUGUAGUGCUUUAUCUGUAAUAUGAAUAGAUUUUAGAUGCUACGCCAAAGAGAAAAGUAUGCCUGAAGUUCAGUUUUGUUUUUACGUCUCAUCCUGUUUACACGGUUGCCUAGCAACCCAUCUUCAGUUCGAAAAUCAGCUAACAAUAAUAACAAUAACAACAAUAACAAGACGCCUGCUCAGGCGUUCACACUGGCCUCGCGGUUGGUAAAAUACCAUCGCAAUAUUCCAAAAAAAUAAUUUGAAACAUGUAGAUGACUAGAUGUUCUUCACUUCUUGACGGCCAUCACUUCAUGAUCACAGACAUUCAGAGGACGGCCCAAUAAAAAUCCAUACAAAACCAAUAGAGUUCAGCCAUAUCAUAUCGAAAAACACAGAAAAGUUCAAGCGCAUGCGCAAUGAAAUAUAAUAUAAUAAAAUACGUCCCACAAUUACAGCGUCUAAGAUUUGUAACGUAGUUAAAUACGAAAUUCGUUCUGAAUAGCAUUGUGUAGAAUUGGUCCUUAAAUCAUCGUGAGCAUGUUUUAGCUAAAUUGCGCAAUCCUGAGCCCACGAUGCCGCAAUGGAAAGUCACUUGCGACAACCAAAAAGAACACGAAAAAUUCCUUGCAUUUUCAGCAAGGGCAAAUUAUGACACUGACACUGACAACUAAUGUCUAACAUGACACUGACACUGACAACUAAUGUCUAACAUGACAACAGACACUGACACUGACAACUAAUGUCUAACAUAUCAUAACUUGCUUCGGCCAUUAAACGCAACGAAGACCUAAUUUACCAACAUCGGGAAAAUCUAAUAACGAAUAAAGAGAACGUAGUAACUGGGGAACGGACGGGCGGGAUUGUUAUAUCUCACUUCUGUAUUCUCAUAUAAUCUUGACUUUACUGAGGGCGCUCUGAGGGCAAAAUCUUCAAUUAUGUUUCUAACACAGAAGUUCGAUAUAACAAUGUUUGUUUAAAGCAGCGAAACACCUAAACCAGAAACUAUUUCCCCUGUGACAGGACUGCUCUGGCAUAACUGUCUGAAAAUAAAGGGCGAUAAUAAAAACGGACAAAAGAUGAUGGUCCUGACGAGUCAGCCAUCUUUAGCACUUCGUCCAAAAAGACGUCAUUUGGAGGUUGAAGCUGACCUCGUGGAAUGUCGUUUAAAAAUAUAAGUAUCAAUACGCGCACCGCCCAAAAUGCAUUUCAUCCAGCGAGCAAUAGCACAAGACUUCACGGGCCUGUGUGAUCUGUGCAUGAUAACUGAUCAAGAGUUGCCGUACCGACUUGGGGUCCACCGGCCUAAAACCGUCUGUUCGUGAAAUGCAUGACUGCAAGCAACGCAGAAUGCAAAGCUUUACACAAUCAUCAAAUUUGGCAAAGAAAGCCGGCGUCAUAUCCGAGGACGUUUUGUUCAAGCCUGGUAACUCAAAAACAACUCCCUCAGGAAGAAUACGCAUAAAGCGCAAAUCCAGCAGCUUCAACUCCGAGGAACCUUUUGGGGCGGUCAAAGCAGCAAAAGAGAUAACUUUUGGGUUAAGGUACUGCGAGGGAGAUCUUGAUUACUUGGCAAAGAACGCAAAUGCUCUAAAGCAACAUUGACAUCUCAAGACUGCUGAUAACGAGGCAUAGCUGCGCGGAGAUUCAAAAUGCCUUUAAGCAAGCGAAGCACGAGAGGGUGUUGCCCUACUGGAAAACCUUCAAUUGGAGGCAAAGUGCCAGACAGCAGAACGAUAUGUGUUGAUUGUCCUACACUCUAAUCCCUCCUCAAACGAGUAAGCUAAAAAACCCAUUCUAUCUGCCAAAGAGGGGCAAAGUGGAUCGACUUUCCUUCUGACACACCAUCGAUACCAUUUUUUCCAGGCGGAGUUAUAAAACGUACUGAGUUUGUGCGUUUCUUUUGCCAAGACUGUUCCAAAUAUGCCAAGCUGAAGAGGCUAGCUGAAGAGUCUGCUUCGCAACCAAAGGAUGCACUUGAUCCUGUGGUCCUUGAAGCAAUUUGAGAAAUUAUCGCACCCUGUCUUCAUCAGCUCUAUACGGUGAUUGUUGAGGAAUAGAGCAUUGUUAUAUCGAAAUUCUGUGUUCGAAAUAUAAUUGUAUCUUAAUUGAAAAUAUUUCACUAUUAUUUUGUGUGUCUCAACCGCCAGAUACAUUUAAUUAAAAAGGUAACUAACUGUGUAAACUACAAAAUAGAGCUAAAACAAAGUAAUUUUGAGAGGAACGCCGAAUCUUAGGUUUUGAACACUUUUCAUCGCAUUGAAAAAAAUCGCCUCUUAAAUAUCAGCGUAUUUCAUUGUAGGCCACGAAGUGUUCCAAGACUACAAGAAUAAUUUGGUUGAACUUCAAGUUCGAUUACAGAAUGUAAGUAUAAACUUAUAUCGAUAACAUAUCCAUAUAGAAAUACAAUCCAAGCUAACACAAUUUGUUGAAUUUUCUAGACCAGGGAUCGAUUUGAAAUCACGAAAGAAGAAGCAGUCACGCUGCAAGAGAAAACACGCAAGGUACAGUUCUCUUAAUUGUUUUACGGUCUCGUUGCCAAUAUAGACUUUCUCCAACUCUCCCCUAGGCCAAAAAAAAAAUAUGUGGGUUUCCGGUUUCCCGACCUUACCUAGCUUUUCGACGUCGAAAUCCCGACCCUAAACUUUUUUAUUGGAUCAUGCUUGUAAGUGUUUCCACUUAGAAGAAAAAGUUUGUGGAAAAUUGAAAUUUGAGGCAAUAUUAGGGAAAUUUAUCUUUGGAUGUGGAAGCAGUGACUAAACAAAAUGGCGUCCGCUUGUUAGGAAAAAUAAAAAAAAGUUAAAAAAAAGUUAAAGCCGACCUACCCUACCUACGUUUUUAUAAGAAGAAACCGGAAACCCACAUAUUUUUUUUUUGCCCUAUUUGUAAUUUGUGAAAUAGGGACUUGCAUGCAUAUGUUGGAUAGGGAUGUGCCGGAUACUUCUUUGGAAACAAUUAUUGAUCAAACUCAAUAACUCAUGAGUAAAUUAGCCAACCAUAGUGCUUUAUUUUGCUCCCAUGAUCAUACUGGAUACCUGGUGAAGUAUAUUGACUCCAGUCCUACGACUGGAUCGAGAUGAAUUCAAUCCUUGGACUGGAUCAAAAUGAAUUCACCUCACUUUAAGUAGUGAUUUUUUCGUACGAGAUGUCAUUUCAAAUCCUCCAAUACGGACUGGAUUAGAUUUCAAGUCCUCGCAUUUUCAUCCAGUCCUCGGCUUCGUCUCGAACCUGCCUCCUCCGCAGGCCCUCGUUGCGUCAUGGGAAGGUCACGAUCUGGCGAGGGCCUGCGGAAUCUUGUAAAAAAAAUGGCGCCGGCGUCACGUCAGCAAGUAAAUUUCUACAUAAUCUUGAAUAUAAAUAGAUAUAAAAAAGCGGUGUGAAACUUAUAAAUUAAACUGGCGACUCUUAGCACGUGGAAGGAAGCAUUUUUUAACGAUAAGGUUUGUUGUCCACACCAAUGUUGCACGAAUAAAACUGCCUUCUUUAACGAAGCAGGUUCAAAACAACAUUUAUUCAUUUUACAAGAUUCCGCAGGCCCUCUCGAAAUCGUAACCUUCCCAUGACCCAACGAGGGCCUGCGGAGGAGGCAGGUCUCGAACUUGAUCAAAUUGCGCGGACUUGAAAUCUAGUCCAGUCCUCAUAGUCGGAUUUGGAAUAUUACGUCAAUAAUAACUAAUAAACCCGGAAGUGAGGCGCCAGUUGUUCUUGGUUUUUUCACGAAUUUCAGCAUGUCUGCCGGUCGGGUAUAUUACAGUUUCGGAAUACAAGGUGAAUUAUUGAAACGUUGACGUCAAAAGGUACAGUGCUUUGGUGACCUAUUCAGUUGAAUUUGAAAAUGGCGGCCUUUCACUGAGUGGCCUAUACAGGGUGUAUAAAAAAAAAGGUAAUCGAACUUCAGCGCGCUAUUGUAUCUGAAUUACUCUGCGUAUGAACGAGAUUUUUUUACAUUCGGAAAGAUCAUGCUUUUAGCUGUUGAAUGAUAUCUUCUUCAUGCCAAAUGGAUAAAAAAUGAGCAAAUACGAGUCCGAUAAAAAAUGUUAGUCAGAAUCGCAUAUUUUCACCGUUGAGAGUUGGGUCUAAAACCAUUGAAAAUGAACCCCCUUUAGGACUUAAGUUGAUGAAUUUCACUUCAUUAAACUGCACACACAUUCAUAAUUAUUAUUUAAGUAGGAAUAAAUCUUAGCUAAGCUACGACACGUUCGUGAUCAAUUGCUUUUUCUUUUGUUAUGCAUUGUUUUAAUUAGGCACAGAGGUGAAAAUAUGCGAUUUUGACUAACAUUCUUAAUCGGCCUCGUACAUGCUUAUUUUUUCUCCACUUGGCAUGAAAAGCAAUAAAGCAUGUCAUUCAAUAGCUAAAAGCCUGAUCUUUCCGAAUAUGAAAACCAAUUGUUCAUACGGCGAGUGAUUCACGUAUAAUAGCGCGCUGAAGUUCGAUUACCUUCUUUUGAUACACCCUGUAUAUGUAUUUCGCACAGUUUCGUUAAGUUUCGUUAAAUUUCACAAUAUCUUAGCGAAAAACAGACGGUUUUGUGUGUCAAGAAUAGCGAUUGCAAUAAUUUACUUACGUCCAUCAAUUACAAAUAAAGAAAUGGAUGACCGUUUGCACCAUUUACUCCCAGAUAUUAAAUGUACCCGAAUGCCGAGAGAGGUUUAUAGUAAAAGCGCGCCGAAGGACUUUUACUAAACCUCUCGAGGCUUGAGGGACAUUUCAUCACUAAUCGACCGCAUUGCCAUGCUAUCUAUCACUUUGUAAUAUCAUAGCUGCCGAGACAAUAAAACGGUUUUAGACGAUUGAAUAAGUUGAAAUGAAAAGGCGCGUUUGCUUUUUGAUAUACUAGUGACUAUUGGAUGUUCGUUGAUGAGGUUUACAGGGAGCAAAUGUUCAGACUGUAAGCAUAUUAACAUUGUGAAUAAAUGAUAUGAAGUGUUAUCUUUUGUGAGUUAAUUGAACAUCAAUAUAAGAGGUUAUGGAUAACUAUGAGGGACGAUUAGUAACUAAUCGUCCCGUGGGAUGAUUAGUUUCUAAUUGUCCCUCAUGUUUUAGCAAUGAGGUAAAUUAGUCAUUAAUCGCAUCUCGCGAAACAAAGGAUUUCGAGAUAGCUAUGAUAUUAUUAUAUAAAUUUUUAGUAUAGCAAUUCUAUAGUCCAACUAGUAAUCUCUAACUUGACUUCUUACAGCAAGGAUAGUAUAAUCAAGUAAUUGAUGUAAUUCACUAAAACUUUUAAAACAUUUUAAAAUUUAACUCUUAAUGUUAAUGUUAAUGUUAAUGUUAAUGCAUGGUAUAGGGUUUCUCUUUUUCAUGUAUUUUAACUUUUGAUUUCCAAUAAUUAGACUUCCAACAAUAAUAAUAAUAUAAUAAAAGUUCCAGUAAAUAUUCGCCAAAUUUUUGCCGGAUAAUGGCGGAUGUCUAUAUAUUGCCUGCAACCGGAUCCGGCACAUCCCUAAUAUUAGACCUGAAGGUAAGCCAACACAAUACAGCCAUCCUGACUGUUGUGAUUGGCCGGAUGUGCAGCAAUCGGAAAUUACCGAUUACCGAUUAUUCAUGCCACAAUCUACCCGAUGCCGAUACCGGUUUUAUAAUGACGUCAUAAUAUCAGUCUACCAAGUAAAGGUGACGUCAGUCAUGUCGAUUUUUUAACGAUAAUUUCCAACGUAACAUGUUACUGCAACCAAAGAUCGUUAAAACCGUUGAUAUAAAUGGCACGCUUCACGCAUUAAUUUAACAUAUUGCAUUAAAACGCAACGUGUAUAUAUCACCGUGUAACGCAUAUAAUUUUUAAAAUGCGUGUUUUCUCAACAGUCUGUUUCAGACAAUCGAAAAUAAAGAUAAUUCUACCGAUUCCGAUUGUCUACCGAUAAGACAAAAAUCGACCCAAUGCCGAUACCGAAUAUCGGCCAAUCGCUAAUCAGGAAUGGCGCGCGCAUGCCUUGCCACACACCUCAACUUAUCAAGAGUCCCACGCCUUGAUUAAACUGCAAUGCAAAAUACAUUUACUAACAACGCCAAGGAUAUUUCGUCUUGUUAACAUUAGUCAGUAACACCAGGUUCAGAUAGCUAGGCUCCACUACUUCUACAUGCAUGAUUUUUGGAGUUGCCCUGAACUUCAUGAAUUCGGACAGUUAAGACUUACACGAACGAGGUAAAUUAUAUAAAUGUAUUCGUAAGGCAACAAAAAAAUAACAAAACUAUACAAAAAGCCGAUUAAAAAAACUAUUCCAACCAAAAUGUUUAUCUGUUCGACCGCGCUCUCCCCCAGGCUUUUUGCUCGGCCGUACAUAAUUAUGCAAUACAUUAACAACAGGGUUACGAAACUGAAUACAUAAUGUUAUCCUUCAAAACACGGUGAAAUACUGGACUAUAGGUUGUUGUGCUUUAUGUUUUCUAGAAAGCCCAGGCGGGUGAGCUUCAGAGUAGUAAAAUGUACGCCAGACAGGGCUAUCUCAUGGUGCAAAGGAAAGGAAAAGGUUAGCCAAAAGACAUGUGCUCUUUAACAAGGCCGCCGAGCAAACGUUUCUGGGGGGAGGCCUCUGUCGCUUUGGGGACACCAUUUCAUGAGCUUGGUGCGCGGGGGAAAAUGCCACCUUCCCCUCUCACGGCGGCCAUGCUCUUUAAGAACUUUAUAAAAUAACCAGCUAGGACACUCGCAGACUGCAUACCCCCGCCAGCAACAUUUUGCUCGCGGGAAAAUGGGAGCGUUUUCCUCGUCUUACUUAGAAUCGGUGAUAGAAAAAUGAGUGGGUAUUGGUACCAUAGUAUGACCAACAUAUGACCACCUUUUCUUGCUGGGUAUCUUAGUACAGUACUUUAGACUUUUUCCCCAAUGUUAAAUUUCAUGUAAUACUGCAUAUACUGGCCUGUACCAGUGCUCUGAUGGUUAUAAACAUCUUUGUUACAUUGUUAUUUAGCUAGCCAUCAUUCAAAGGCUUUUAGAAAUUGUUGUCUCCCCCUCCCUCCCCCUUCCUCAGUGUCAUAUGGUUGACAUGAUCUGCCAAAAAGCUCGUAUGAAUUGUUAAUGAUUGUUUAAUUUUGGUUUCGAUUGUCACUAUCUUAUUCUAUGCUGUUUUUGUUUCAGGUGGUUUGGGUUACACGUGGAAUAAAAACUUCUGCAUGUAUACAAAAGAAAACAAGAUAUUUACAAUGGUUCCCUAUGUACAGACACAGUCAAAACUGGUUAGUGUAUAUAUAUAUUCACUCAACUUCUAAAUUUACAUUCCAAUAGGAAACCUCUUUAUACAGGGUACAUUAGAUAACGACUGAAGAAAUGUAAAUCAACUUAAGGUCAGUUUAAAACAGAGAUGAAGUUUCUUUAGCAUAAACUGCCUGGUAUAGAGGUUUGUUUCAUAGGAUUGGUCGAAAGUGCUAACGAAAUUUUCAAAAUUUGCCACUUUUUUCCGAAAAUCCGCUUGCGUUUGACGAAAAUACAUCAUAAAGGUCCAUACAGACCGAACGCGAUUCGACAACGCGACGCGAAUUUUCAGUUUUUAAAAACAAAUAAAGCCGUCAACGGAUAAAAAUUUUACAAGAUAUGCAGACCAAAUAGCUCAAUUUGCUUAAGUGGUUCCCAAUAUUUGAAAAACAUAGAAAAAUAUUGAAGUUUGAAAAUUCGCGUCGCGUUGCCAAAUCGCGUCCGGUCUGUAUGGACCUUUAGUCAUAUAGGCUUGGUCUGCGAAUCCAUGCAGACGUCAUUUCCCACACACAGACUUGGGAAUUUUUCAUUAAUACAUUUAUCGAAUUUAUAGCACUUGUUCAUUAAUACUUUUAAAUUUCUAAUAUUUAACUUUCUGCUUUAAUGCUAUCAGUAGAUAAUGGAUUAUUAUACCUAUAAGUUUGCGUAUAAAUACAUUCUUUCCUUUCAUUCAUUCGAGAAUUUUCAAAUCGGUCUAUAACAACAUCGUGAAACACAAAACUAUUUGUAGUGACCGUCGCUUUACGUGGUUUUUAAUGGUCACCGUGUAUACAGCAUUAGGCGAAGAUUUUAUUAAACAUAUGUUUCACUAAAGCUAUAGCUUGUCGAGUAAAACUCGAAUCCACGGAAUCGGGUAUCGAUCGGCAAACGAUCAGAGUCUGUAAAAGUUCGUCACAUAUUUAUGAUAUAUUUACCAAAAGUGAGUGCUUUGAUAUAAGUGUCCAUGAAAUUAUUGGUGAAACAAGAUACAGGACUAUAUCUGCAUGGAAGUCGAUAACAAACGCAUAGUAGAAAAUAUUUCAAUUAGAUUAUAGGCAUACACCCCCACCGGAUCUCCCUCGCCGGUCCAAUCUAGAUGGACUAUAUAUCCGAGAAUUUCAACCUCUUUUCUCACAUUGGCCGUAAGCCAAGUAUCAUGAUCCGCCGAUCACGAGUACUCGGAAGUUAAACAUGGCUCGUCCUAAAGGGUAAAUUGUUUUGAAUAUUUAAAGUCUCUAAAAUCGUUUUUAUUUUGUCUACUGAAAAUAAAGGCAGUGUUUCACUGGGCAACACCGCAACCACGACGUACAAUCACGCAACGCUAUAUAUAUUGUCUAUAGGUGCACCUUGUCAGAUACGAAUUUGGUGUCAUGCACUUAUUACGUCUCGUCUCGUAAAACAUCACUUUAAUUAUUAAGGCCGAUUCAACACUACACAACUUUGCCUAAAACUGUCGCAUGCAAUCUUCUUGUACAACUUGAAUUGUGUUGUUGUAUGAUCGAACAUACAACUCGCCUAUGUUGUCGUACAGGUGACUUGUCACUGGAAGAAAAAUAGUGAAAUUCAUAUACCAUCAUGGAAUUUGCGAUUGCAUCACUAAAUCUAUAUAUAGUAUAUCAAAAGUAUAUCUAUGCAUAUACUAUUUCCAAUCUAUAUCGAGGGUCCUGAAGGGGGGUGGUGUCGUAUUCCCAUUUCCCAGCCCAAAUUUUGACUAAAUCCCAUUGUCCCAGAGCACAAAUCCCAUCAUCUCAGUGGCUGUCCUGCUCAAAUCUUAAUCCCAUUCCCAUUUUCUAUUGUUUUUUUGCUGAUGAAUCUCACUCCCAGUGCAUGAAAUCCCAUUUUCCCACCCAAAAAUAAGCAAAUCCCAGUUCCCAUUUUACCCCUUCAGGACCCUCUAUAUCCAUAGUAUUAAAAUUGCAAUUUAGCAUGAAUAUUUCCAAGGAAGAUCCAUACUAUUUCCACAGUAAGGAUUUUGAAAAAAAUUCCAGUGUGUGUGCUUGAUUUACACAGCACAUCUCAGUUGUAAGCAGGUCGCAUGCGACAGUUUUAGGCAAAAGUUAUGUAGCGUAAAUCUUCCUUUAGAAUCUUACGCUCAUCACACACUGUAAGCUCAACAUACUGACGAGUUUACACUUGCAAUUCUUGCUGCGAUUUCUAGUGCGAUUUUCUUCUUCUGGUGCAUGUGAAAGAGUAAAUAUGUUAUGAAUGUUCUGAGUAUAUGUCUCGCUGAUGUACGCUCAUCUGAACAUUCACAACUCAUCCACUCGUUCGCAUCCAUCAGAAGAGGAAAAUCGCAGCAGAAAUUGGAAGUCUUGAGUAAAUGCGGUAAGCGCAUGCAGUUUGCCCCCAGGGCUUUGAGGAAAACCGUAAUUAAACUUGCUUGGCAGUGAAACACCUGACCCUUUUUCUAACCCCAUUAAUAAUUGAUUUCAUGCAUACACGAAUCGAUAAUUUGAUCUACAACUAUUGAGGACUCUCUUGACCGUUCAAUUUAUGUUUUCUAUUAAUGCUCAAAAUGAUAUAAUUUUGUGUGCAAACGUUCCUGGUAUACGACCCAUUCCUUGAUGGACGGCUAGGAUCACUUGCUGUAUGUAUACUGACAUCGCUUUUGUCCAUUCUUCAGACUGGCUCUACGGAUACGGUUGUAUUGAAAAGCUGUGUGAGG